AUGCAGAGUCAUAGGACUGGAAUAAGGCUUCUUUACUGGCUGACCUUGCUGUCUGGGAUGUUUGAGUGUCUCUGCUUUGCUGGUGUCGUGUUUGGGUAUGCCUCCCUGGUGUUUGUCCUAAAAGAGGAUGGGUACUUCAGCCAGCUGUGUGUCGUUGAUCCAGACAGAAAUGGUACAACCACUGUUAAAGACUGCACUAGUCAAGACGAGAAGUUUGCUCUGGUCUUCACCAUUGCAUCUUUCCUCAACAACUUCAUGAAUCUAUUUAGCGGCAUCCUCUUUGAUUACUUUGGCACAAUGGUGACCAGGCUACUGGCAAUAUGCCUUUACACUACUGGAACCCUUCUUGUGACCAUUUCAAAUGCAAUGUCUUCAAUCCUGCUUUUUCCCGCACUGUCCUGCAUCGCUGUGGGAGGGAUGCUGCUCCUUAUGACAAAUCUGCAGGUGGGCAACCUGUUUGCAACUCACCGCUCCACCAUCAUCACCCUCUACAGUGGUGCGUUUGACUCCUCUUCAGCUGUGUUUCUCAUCAUUAAGGUUCUACAUGAACAAGGCAUCUCAUUGCGCUCCUCUUUCCUUGUCAUGUCCUUUUGUUCCAUUAUACACAUUGUGCGAACAUUCACUCUGCUGCCCAGAAAACGUUUCCCUUACCCAUUGCCACAGUACUACACCUAUGGAUUGAAAUGUGGAAAGAGCAACUCCUACAAUGUGGAGCAGAACAUGACAGAGGAAGGCCUAACAUUUACUGGCAAGCCAAGAUGCAGAAUGAACAAACCCAAGGAUGAGACAGAUCUUAAUCCAUCCGGAGAAGUGGCAAGUUUUAGGAGUUGUGUGCUGUCCUGGUUCUUCCUGUGGCAACUGCUAUGGUUGUCCAUAAUGCAGCUGAGACAUUACCUCUUCAUUGGGACCCUAAACCCCAUGCUCAUCCGACUGGCCCAAAAUGAUGCCAACCUGGUGAGUCGGUAUACCAAUGCCUUUGCAUUGACGCAGUUGUGUGGGGUGUUGUGUUCCCCGUGGAAUGGACUCAUACUAGACAGACACAAGGGAAAGCCACGUUCUCCUGGAGAAACAGAGCGGGAGGCUGAUUUGCGCUCUUCAUUGCUGUCUCUGUUUCUGACUGCCCUCCAGUGCCUGCUCUUUUCCUUAUGUGCCUCCAUUCCCUCCUUGCCUUUGCAGUACUUUACUUUUGUCUUGCAAGUCAUUAAUCGCUCCUUCAUUUAUGGUGGAAACGCAGCCUUCAUUAACAUUGCAUUUCCAGCUUGUCACUUUGGGAAGCUGUAUGGCCUUGUCAUGUCUAUGUCAGCAGUAAUCUCACUACUUCAGUACCCUUGCUUUGCACUGAUCAGAGGACCUCUUGGUGGAGAUCCUUUUUAUGUGGACAUUGCCCUCACUCUGAUAACUCUGGUUGUGUUCAUCCAUCCCUUGUUUGUCUUUAUCCAUUGUAAGAAAAUAGCCCAGCACAGAAGGAAAUGA